GAUGUUGUCCCUGGUGCAAACCCCAAACCAUUGUCCAAUUCAACCCAAUCACCUUCCACAGCUACAUAGCCAUGCCCAGCACCAGCAUCCCUGCCUUAAAAGAUACCCCAUCAUGGGUUUCCAUGACAGCGUUGUUUGUAGCAUUCUCCUGCUGCAAGAUUCUUUUGAUGCCAUCUUAUCGAUCGACUGAUUUUGACGUGCAUCGCAACUGGUUGGCCAUUACCCGCCACUUGCCCAUCAAGGAAUGGUACUAUGAUGAUGUCAAUGGGACCACCGUGCACACGCUGGAUUAUCCACCAUCCUUUGCCUAUUGGGAAUACCUACUGAGCAAUAAUCCUGUCACACAAUACUUGAUUCAUGAUGAUGCGUUGUUGGAUGAACGAUGUUUGCAGCUAUUGCCCGAUUCCGACAAUACACCCUCGGAAGCCUGUGUCAUCUUUCACCGAUCCACAGUUAUUCUCAGUGACAUCAUGUUAUGGUGGGGUGCUUGGGUAAUGGCCACUUCAUCAUCGCCAUCACAAAUAUUAUUCCUUGGCCAAUUUCCGGCCAGUUUCUUGUUGACUGUGUUUCAUCCAGGCCUGUUGUGGUUGGAUCAUGUUCAUUUUCAAUACAAUGGAAUGCUCUUUGGAAUAUUUUUGGCAUCAUUGGGGUAUUUGAUGAAGGUCAACAAUUCUUCUUCUACAGAACGGGAGUUUCAUGUACAUCACUGGAAAGCGGCCGUUCUGUUCGCUCUUUUACUGACCAUGAAGCACUUAUUUUUGACAUUGGGGCCAUUUUAUUUUGUGUACUUGUUGCGACGAUAUUGUCUGGAACCACCACCACCCAAACAACCACCAUCACAAAACUCACCAUUGAACUCAGCCAAACCAAUUCAACUAUACCCUCUGCAUCUGAUUACGUUGAGUAUGUACACCGGGACAACCCUCCUCGUUCCAUUUCUACCCUUUUUAAGACAAAUGCCACAACUAUUGACACGGCUCUUCCCUUUUGGAAGGGGCCUGGUCCACGAUUACUGGGCGGCCAACGUGUGGGCACUCUACAGUUUUGUCGACAAGGUAUUGGGCUUGGCCCAUGGUCCUUCACUACCGGAUGUGCCCGCAUCGGUCUGUGCCCUUUUGUUGCUGUUAUCACUGCUCCCUGGUCUCUACUUUGGGGCCUGGAAGGCCGCCGAGGAACACGACAAUAAAAAACUGGUUACAGCAGCCGUCUACUCGGCCUUGUGCUCGUUCAUGCUGGGGUUUCAUGUUCACGAAAAAGCAAUCCUGAACGCCAUUAUCCCGCUCCUCUUUCUUGUCUGUAACAAAAACGACAACAAUACCACGUCACUUCGGGUAUUGUGUUUUCAAAUGACCGCCUUGGGGUUGCUGGGAAUCUUUCCCUUGCUGUUUCGUCCUGCGGAAAUGGCCUUGAAACUGUUCAGUUACGCUGCCUAUAUGGCCCUCUGCUAUCAUGUCUUGAUUGAACGCAUCAACAUGUCUCGACAACGACUAAUGAUGGAGUUGCUUCCUCUCGUGGCCGUCGUGAUGGUACUCGUGGCACUGCUGGAGUUUGUGCCAAUCCGACUCUAUGGGAAGCUCGAAUUUCUUCCUCUCUUGUGCACUUCGGUGGGGUGCGCUGUUGGCUUGAUUCUUUGCUGGAUCCGACUGUUGCUGUGGAUGGUUGGCAUGACAGCAGGUUGAGGAUCCCAAGAACGAUUACCAAAGGUGUAUAGACGCUGCUGUUCCGCGAACAGGUACAGCAUCGAUCCUGCUUGUGUGAGCAAGGCUCACUCACUGGCUGCCACGAGGUUGGUUUUCGCCUCGCUUUGCUUUGCUUUGCUUUGCUUUGUUCUAUAGUCUGGUUUUUCUAUUCGUGUAAAUACUUCCUUUCCCGAAUGGGAGUGUUCCCUCGAAGACUAUUUAUUCCGCAGAAAUCAAAUAUCUUUGCUGGUCGCAACCCACAUCGUCAUCGGCGCACGGAACGUAGUUCUCCACGGCUACCAAUGCCUCGUCAUCAUCGUGUUCAAGGCACUCCAUGAGCCGCAAAUGCCCAUAAUCAACAAAGAAAUCAUCCAUGCCCACAUCGUCAGAUUCACCUGAUUCGUCCAUGCUGUAGUAGGAGAUUUCCCCUUGCUCCUCCUCCUCUGCUUGUUCUGUGGGUGUUGUCACGUCAGACAUUGCAGAAAUAUCGCAACUGCAUCCCUCACCAACUGCGGGACACGAAGCGUCCAUACCCCGAGAAGCUUGUACUUCCUCUGUGUCUUCUGUCACGUCGGAAUGGACGGAGAGAGCGUCGCUGUAUCCAUCCCCGACCACGGGAUUGUCUGUGUUGCCCCCCACAAUUUCCGUCUCGUCAUCCGCUUGGUCGCAGUGCUCCCUUUCUUGUAUGCGGUAGAAUUCGAUCUCUUUUCGAGCUUGAUUUGCCAGUUCACAACAAUUCUCUUUGUCUCGCGGAACAAAGUGAUACAGAGAGACCGAGACGCUGAGGACAACUUCGAUUGUUUGUUGGGAAGCCACCAGCCGAGUGCUGGAAAUGUCACUGUACUUGCAUUCAAUGAAGCAGCCUGGACUAAAGAAGGCAAGGCUGUGUUCCAUUAUAAUGAGGCCACCGGAGCCAUGUUCAGGGCUGUAGAUUUGGGAGUAUUCCGUGUAGGUCAUCUUUCGAGUUGUGGUUGUUGUAUUGUUGUAUUGUGAGGUUCUGUGUCUCGUGUGUUGCAAAAGAAAAAAUGAGAGAAAAACACUCGGGACCGUGAGGGACUCAGUGAGGCACGGAGGGACUCAUAAGAGUCGUGUAUCCACGACACGUCUGGAAACGGACUUGUGCCCACCUCGAGGGCAUCAGCCUUUGUUGCACAGGUUUAGAAGGGUAGUUGCGGUAAAGCAAGGGUUAAAGUUUGGCUUACUCUUCAUUUUUGUAUUGAAACUAUAAUUUACCGCAUCCAUCUAAACUCCAAGGAUGUGGUGAUUUUUCGCGGGGG